CGCGGCCGAGAGCGGCGCGAGGGAGCUCGCGAGGCGGCGGCAGCGUAAGCGUCGUCGUGGCGGCGUUGCGCGCGAGGCCCCUCCCGCGAGCGGUCGCCCUUGGCUACGGGCAUGGCGUGGGCGCGGCCGGCUCCGGGGGUUCCGGAGGGGCUGCGGCCUCCGCCGCCGCUGCCGCCGCUCCUCCUCCUCCUCGUGUGGGUCUCCGCCCUGUGCCUUUUCCCCCGGCCGGCGGAGGCCCUGGUGGAAGGUCUCUACUGCGGGAAGCUGGUCUGCUACGACGUGCUGGGCGUGAGCCGGGAUGCCAGCAAGGCUGAAGUGGCCCGGGCUUACCGGCAGCUGGCCCUCCGCUACCACCCGGACCGCCGACCGCGGGAGCCCGACCCGGACGGCAAAGGAGCAGAGGCCGCCCAGGAGAAGUUCCUGCUCAUCGCCACCGCCUACGAGACCCUCAAGGAUGAAGAAACUCGUAAGGAUUAUGAUUAUAUGUUGGAUCAUCCUGAGGAGUAUUACAGCCAUUACUAUCACUAUUAUAGUAGAAGAUUGGCACCCAAGGUAGAUGUCAGAAUCGUGAUUCUAGUCACCGUCUGUGCCAUCUCUGUUUUUCAGUUCUUCAGCUGGUGGAGUAGCUACAAUGAAGCUAUCAACUACCUAGCAACCAUGCCAAAAUAUCGUAUACAAGCCAUGGAGAUUGCCAGGCAACAAGGGCUACUAAACAGAGCCAAAGAAAAGGGCAAGAACAGGCGGUCCAAGGAAGAAAUCCGGAAGGAGGAGGAGGAAAUAAUCAAAGAUGUAAUAAAAAACAAAAUAGAUAUCAAGGGUGGUUAUCAGAAGCCCCAAAUAUAUGACAUACUCUUAUUCCAAAUCCUUUUAACGCCUUUUUAUCUGUGCAAGUACAUAGGAUGGUAUUGUUGGUGGAUUUAUUGUUUCAACAUCAAAGGACAGGAGUAUGGGGAAGAAGAAAAGUUGUAUAUUAUACGCAAGUACAUGAAAAUGUCACAGUCUCAGUUUGACACUUUGGAAGAUCACCAGAAAGAGACUUUUCUUGAACGACAGCUCUGGAUAAGAGAGAACUAUGAGCUUUACAAACAAGAGCAAGAGGAAGAACUGAAGAAAAAAAUGGCAUCGGACCCUCGAUGGAAAAGAUACAGGCGGUGGAUGAGAAAUGAAGGACCUGGAAGACUGACUUUUAUUGAUGAUUGACACUUGCUGUAACUUAUACGGUCCAGUGAUGAUUGGCAAGAAAAAUUUCAUACCUAAAAAGUUCAGAGUUGAACUGCUGUGUCUCAGCAAUGUUCUGAAACUCAGGAAGUAAUCAGACAGAAAACUAGUACAAUUUUAUGAUUUUUAUAAAAUAAAAGGAAAUCUGCUAAUCAGU